AUGUCGAACGAUUGGCAAAAGGAGGCUAUGCGCCGCUUCCGUCAGAUCCAGCAGCAGCGCGGCGGCGCUGGCGGCGGUCCUCAGAUGCCCAAGGGCUCCGCGGGUGCUACUGCUGGUGCCCUGCUGCUCCUCGGUGGUGCCUGGGCUAUCUCCAACUCUCUAUUCAACGUUGAUGGUGGUCAUCGGGCGAUCAAGUACACAAGGCUGGGUGGUGUCGGGAAGGAGAUCUACAAUGAAGGAACACACAUCAACAUUCCUUGGUUCGAAACCCCGAUUACCUACGAUGUACGAGCGAAGCCGCGCAACGUCGCCUCGUUGACGGGCACCAAGGAUCUGCAGAUGGUCAACAUCACCUGUCGUGUUCUGUCGAGACCUCAAGUAGAGGCGCUGCCCCAGAUCUACCGGACGCUCGGAACAGACUACGACGAGCGCGUCUUGCCCUCGAUCGUGAACGAGGUUCUGAAGAGCGUCGUGGCACAGUUCAACGCCAGCCAGUUGAUCACCCAGCGUGAAAUGGUCGCCAAGCUGGUUCGCGACAACCUGUCUAGGCGCGCUGCGCGAUUCAAUAUUACUCUGGAUGACGUUUCCCUGACGCACCUCGCUUUCUCGCCCGAGUUCACUGCUGCCGUCGAGGCGAAGCAGGUUGCUCAGCAAGAAGCCCAGCGCGCUGCUUUUGUCGUCGACAAGGCACGCCAGGAGAAACAGGCCAUGGUUGUCAGGGCGCAGGGUGAAGCGCGCUCUGCCGAGCUGAUUGGCGACGCCGUCAAGAAGAACAAGGCGUACGUGGAGCUCAAGAAGAUUGAGAACGCGAGGACGAUUGCGACGCAGCUCCAGGAGGCUGGAUCAAAGAACAGGCUGAUGCUGGACUCGGAAGGUCUCGGGUUGAACGUCUUUGACGACUCGAACAACAAGAAGUAA